UUUAAAUUCAUGCAUGAUUUGACUAAGCAGCACUCUUUGACCUACGGGUUUAACACAUGUUUCUCCUUCAGCUUAAUCGCUGAGCCUUUUGCAACCGUCUCUAAACAUUAUGGGAUUGAUUCUUCUGAUACCUCGGGUCUAACUGCACCAUCUUGAUUCCUCAUUACAACGGUCAAUUGUCUACAGCAAAUUGCUGCCUUUCUGAUUAGCCGUGAACACGUCUGGAGAUGAGGAUGGGACACACUUUGCUCUGCAGGCUGGUCUUCUUCUUGUUCUGCAUCCUCCGCUGUAGCUAUGCUGAAGUUUCUAAACCGACUGUGACCUUUCAACCCUACGGGCCUGUUGUGUACAAGGGAGAGAAAAUCAGUCUCAGCUGUCUGGUCCAAGAAGGUGGAGGAACUCAGUGGACAUAUGAAUGGACAGAGGACAUGAAAUCAGCCAACUGGAACUCUUCAUCAUCCAGUGAAUACUACAUCUACAAUGUCUCUGGAUCUGACCGUGGAAAAUACAGAUGUAGGGCAGCAGGAGACCAUCAGCUAACAGAAUGGAGUGAUGCCUACAGACUGACAGUAAUAACAGAUAAACCUAGAGCCUCACUGACAGCAGAGAGAACAACCAUACCAGCAGGGGGCAGUGUAGCUCUGAGCUGCUCUGUGGACAGAUCUACUGGCUGGAAGUUUGAUUGGUUCAGACAGGAGUCAGAGUCUUCUACAGCUCAGCUAAUAAGAACCAAUGAACCAGGUGGAGUCCUCUUCAUCUCAGAGGGAGGUGUUUACAGCUGCAGAGGAGGAAGAGGAGAUCCAGUUUUCUCCACCGAAACCAGCAAGAACUUCAUCGUUUAUAAGACUGUGUUCAAGCCGACUGUGACCCUGCAACCCAACGGGCCUGUUGUAUACAGAGGAGAAAACAUCACUCUGAGAUGUGAGAUCCAGGGAGGUGGAGGAGCUCAGUGGAUGUAUGAAUGGAGCUCAACCCACAGAAACCCUCCAACAUCCAGUGAAUUCAGGAUCAUCAGAGUCUCUGAGUCUGAUAGUGGAAACUACUGGUGUAUCCCUAGAGGAAAUUAUCUGAAAACAUACUGGAGUGAUGUCUUCAUCUUGAUAGUGAGAUCUGAUGGAGCCACAGCCUCACUGACAGCAGAGAGAACAACCAUACCAGCAGGGGGCAGUGUAGCUCUGAGCUGCUCUGUGGACAGAUCUACUGACUGGAAGUUUGAUUGGUUCAGACAGGAGUCAGAGUCUUCUACAGCUCAGCCAAUAAGAACCAAUGAACCAGGUGGAGUCCUCUUCAUCUCAGAGGGAGGUGUUUACAGCUGCAGAGGAGGAAGAGGAGAUCCAGUUUUCUACACUGAAACCAGCAAUAAAGUCUCCAUUCAGAAAACUGUUCCUAUUAAACCCAGUGUGAUCCAACAACCCAGCUGGUCUCAGAUAUUCAGAGGAGAGAGAGUCACUCUGAGAUGUGAGAUCCAGGGAGGUGGAGGAGUUCAGUGGACGUAUGAAUGGAGACCAACCAACAGAAACCUUCUAACAUCCAAUGAAAACAAGAUCACAACAGCUGACAGUAGAGUCUAUCGCUGCAGAGGAAGAGGAGACAUAUUUACUUCAACAGAGUGGGGAGUCCUCAGGUUAACUGUAUCCACAGAUAAACCUCAGCCUGUCCUCUCUGUGUCUCCAUCAUGGCUGAGUCCUGGAGCCUCAGUGACUCUGAGCUGUGGAGGGUUGGAGCAUCCGUCUGCAGGAUGGAGGUUCUUCUGGUAUAAAAUGGUUCCUAAAAUAUCCAGCAGCUCCUACAGCUUUGAGCUGCUGUCUGGUAGCUCCAAUGGGACCGAACAGAACUCCUACAUUGUUCAUGGACCGACUCACACAGCUGGAUAUGUUUGCAGAGCAGGAAGAGGAGAACCAGCGUUUUACACUGAAUACAGUGAAGCAAAGUUUGUCUGGUCUCAAGACUCUCAUCCAGCAGCUUCUCUCUCAGUGAAUCCCGACAGAGUUCAACAUUUUAUUGAUCAGUCUGUCACACUGAGCUGUAGCGGGAACAAUACCAUGUGGAGAGUGAGGAGGUUUACAGAAACAGCCAGCCCAUCAUACAUUCAGUGCUCCAACUGGGGAACAUUGUCUGGAUCCUCAUGUACCAUAAACCAACUCUGGAAUCACAGUGGAGUGUCCUGGUGUGAGUCUGGAUCAGGAGAUUUCAGCAACGCUGUCAACAUCACUGUACAGGAUGAUUAUUCUGCUCCUAUCCUGGUGAGCCCCGUCCAUCCUGUGACUGAGGGAGAUCCUGUUACUCUGAGCUGCAGAGAUAAAGAACUAAAACUACUCUCCAACAUGUUUUUCUAUCACAAUAACAAACUCCUCCACAAUGACAGCAGAGAGGAGCUGAAGAUCUCUGCAGUGUCAAAGUCAGAUGAAGGUUUCUACAAGUGUAAACAUUCAGGAAAUGAGUCACUACAGAGCUGGAUGUCAGUUAGAGUAACAAUGUCUAGUCCUGUCAGCUCUUCAUUUCCUGUGCCUCUGAUUGUUGGACCAGUUAGUGGAAUCAUUCUCAUUAUUCUCCUGCUCUUGUUGUGGCGCUACAGACGCUUUAAGGAUUUAUGCAUCAGGCGCAUCAGUUCAGAGAGCAGCAGUCAGAGCUCCACCAGAGAUCAUGGAGUCAACCAGAGAGACAGUCAAGUUUACAGCUCUCUGCUACACGGUGAUACCUCUGAGUAUGAGUCGAUUCAACCAGCCACUAAUAAUGGAAACCCUGAUGAUCCAGAGAAGGAUGCUGUUUACACGAACAUAUAAAACAGAAACAGCUGAAAAGUGGAGUCCUGCAGAAACGGAUGGAGCAGUUUAUUCUGAGAUCACAUCAACAAUGGCUCUGGAUGACAAUGCUGCAUGUAGGCCGCCUGGUGGUUUAGGGUGGAAAUGAUUACUACAUAAAAAAUUCCACAUUCUUAUGUGUUUCUGAGAUCUUUCUGUGCAGGAAGCUGCAUUAACAAAUGUUUUAUGAAACUGCUGUAAGCAGCUCGGGAAUAAAGAUACCAGACUGGCACAAAAGUUGGAACACAUAUAAUUUCAUGUUUUGUGAAGGCUCAAAGUACGCGGCACUGUUUUUAUUUUAAAAUAAAAGUAUAUGCUUUUAGUCGGAAAACAACACUGUAAUAGCAUACUGGUGACGGCGAUGGUGGUAAGGGUUCAUCUUGUAACUGGUGACUCGCUGGUUGAAACCUUUGGUUUGACCAGCAACCAACAUAUAAAAUAUGCCAUUUUUCACUUCAUGAAAGACAUUUUAUAUUUCAAGAACUGUAAAAGGUAAGUUAGGUCAAUUCAAAUAAACAAUUUAAUCAUAUUGGGUUAGUAUUUAUCUCUGGUGUUGGUUUUAGGGUUUAUGUAUAUAGCUUAGAUUUUUAUACGGUUUAUGGAGUGUUUUAGUUAGUUUUAUGUACUUAUAUUAACAGGUACAUCCCUGGGAGAGUUUCAGUGGUUUUAGCCAGUUAGUGAAAACUCUUUUACUCCAUCUGCUGAAGGGCGGCCAACCUAACAGUCACUAUUUCUCCUCCUAAUAAAUAUAGAAUAUCUUAUGAUUUCUAAAACAGAAUUAGUGCAUUUUUAAACAACCAAUUUAAGAAUGUGCAACUGCUGCCUUGUAUUUGUGCAGAAGAGAAAAUCUGGCCACACAAAAUUUGUUCUGUGACUUCAGAUUUACUGAGAACCAAUAAAGACUCCAAAGAGAACUUCAGAAGUGGAUCACAAGGGGAUGCUCCUGUUAAUAUGCCAUGUUUUUGCUAUGUAAUAAAAUGAGACAAUAAUAAAUAAA